CAAUACUCAUAUUUCACAAAGAGGAACCUUUAUUUCCCUAUAUUUCUGCUACUAAUAAUAUUCACAUCAUUUGAUGGAGAUUUUUUUUUUUUCGGUAUAAGCCGUGUUCAAAUACCUAAUCAGAACCUGAACUACACAAUUAAUUCAUAAAUAAAUAAAAAAUGGAUAUCAUUAUGCAAAAUAUUGAAAACUUAAAAUAUUGUCAGCCCUCAACGUCUAAAAGAUGUGAAUGCUUAAACCAACAUAAUCUUCUGAGCACCAUAUAGAUAGAGAGAAAGAAGGAGAUGCCCAGGAUCAAAAAUCAAAAUCAACCAACUCCCAACAAUCUCAAUUUUCAAAUUUCUGCAUUUUUCAGAAUUUUUUUUUGUCAGAAAUGAAGAAACUGAAGAAAUACUAUCUGCAUCUGAAGCACCCACAUGCAAUGGAGAGAAAAUGGAUAUUCCCACUCGCAAUCGGCUCCGUUUUCGCACUCUUUAUCGUCUUCCUCACCAGCUUAACCUCCCCUGACGGCACGCCGCUCGUCCCCCUCCUCCGCUACUACUCACGUUCGGCGGCCGCCGCCGCCGUCUUCGUCGAGUCGAAGCUCCGGCCCAUACCUGUCUCUGCCCUCCCCCGUCCGCCUCGCUUCGCCUACUCAAUCUCCGGGUCCUCCGGGGACGGUACCAUGCUCCGCCGCACGCUUGAGGCCGUCUACCAUCCCAGAAACCGCUACGUCGUACACCUCGAUGCGGAUUCCUCCGCCGAUGAGCGCCUCGAUCUGUAUAAUUACGUAAAUACCCACCCCGUUUUUCUCAGAUUCAGAAAUGUGCGGAUGAUCUCCAAGGCCAAUUUGGUCACCUACCGGGGGCCGACGAUGGUGGCGAACACGCUGCACGCUGCGGCGAUUUUGCUGAAGGAAUUUGGGGAUUGGGAUUGGUUUAUUAAUCUCAGUGCAUCUGAUUAUCCACUGGUUACUCAAGAUGAUCUAUUGCACGCAUUUUCAGACUUGCCAAGGGAUCUGAAUUUCAUUGACCAUACUAGUAACAUUGGCUGGAAAGAGUUCCAGAGGGCAAAACCAGUUAUUGUUGACCCAGGGUUGUACAUGACACAAAAAGCUGAUGUUUUUUGGAUUACACAGCGAAGAAGUGUGCCGACUGCAUUUAAACUUUUUACAGGAUCUGCAUGGAUGGCGCUCUCUCGGCCUUUCAUUGACUACUGCAUAAGGGGGUGGGACAGCCUACCACGUACAGUUCUCAUGUACUAUGCCAACUUCCUAUCUUCCCCGGAAGGCUAUUUCCACACCGUAAUUUGUAAUUCCAGGGACUUUCUCAACACAACCGUCAACAGUGACCUUCACUUCAUAUCGUGGGACAACCCUCCAAAGCAGCACCCUCACUAUCUUACCCUCAACGAUAUGAAGAGGAUGGUCAAAAGCAACCAACCCUUUGCGAGGAAAUUUCACCGUCAUGAUUUGGUGCUCGACCGAAUAGAUAGAGAAUUAUUGUCCCGUGGGCCAGGGAAGCUUGUGCCGGGAGGUUGGUGUUUGGGUGUUCGGGAAAAUGGGUCUAAUCCAUGUUCACUUGUGGGGAAUAAUACGGUUAUUCUUAGACCUACGGAAGGGGCAGAGAGCUAUGAGUUGGAGGUGGGCUGGGGGUCAAGUUACAGACUUGCAGUACAUGUACAGCAGCAUAAUGUGACAAGAGUUGUUGCAAGAAGCGGAGAAUUUGGUGUCGGCCGAUCAGUUGUUAGUGUGUUUGACGGAUUGGAGCUCUGGAUCCCGUGUGGACCUUGCAACAGUAACAUAAAGGAUUGGUGGGCAGGGCAA